GACACAAAUUCAAUGCCUUUAGCAACAUGGAGGAGAAUUUCACAUCAAGAACUUAUUCGAGCAACAGAAGGGUUCAGUGUAAACAACUUACUUGGAGAAGGGAGUUUUGGGUUUGUUUACAAAGGAACACUCUUAGAAGGUACAAUUGUUGCUAUAAAAGUUUUAAAUUUGCAAGUGGAGGGGGCAUUCAAAAGCUUUCACAUAGAAUGUGAGGUAUUACGCAAUAUUCGUCACCGAAAUCUUGUCAAAAUCAUUACCGCUUGUUGUAACAUGGACUUCAAAGCCUUGGUAUUAGAAUACAUGCCUAAUGGGAACCUAGAUAUGUGGUUGUACUCCAAAAACCAUUGCUUGAAUAUGUUACAAAGGCUAGAUAUAAUGAUUGAUGUGGCAACAGCAGUAGAAUACCUUCAUCUUGGUUAUGCAACACCUAUUGUUCAUUGUGAUCUGAAGCCUACCAAUGUCUUAUUAGAUGAAGAUAUGGUUGGACAUGUCGCUGAUUUUGGCAUCGCAAAACUCCUUGGUGAUGGAAUUUCUCUAACACAAACAAUGACUCUCGCUACAAUUGGAUAUAUGGCACCAGGUGAGGAGUGUUUGCUAUCCACCAUGGGAUUAGCUUUGCGUUGUUGUGCCGACUCGCCUGAACAGAGGAUUGGUAUAGAAAAUGUUUUAGCUACACUCAACAAGAUCAAAUUGAAGUUUCUCAAAGAUAUUAGUGGACGCUAAUCAUGUGAGAGAAUAAGGUUAGUUUAUAGCUAUUGAUUUCAUGUUUAUGGC